GAGGGGCAUCCAAAAGCAAAGGCCGUCUGAGACGGUCGUCUGGUUUUUGUGUUUUUCGGCGGUUUCGCCUAUUUGAAGAUUAACAUAAGCGCAUCUUGUGUUUUUGCCCUCGUUGGGCUGUGUAUCGCAUAGUAGACAGAGAACACUCGUUUAGCUCCGAUUGCUGCUGGAACAAGAUGGGACUAAAUAAACUGUUGGAUGGCGCAGAAUACCCAGUUAUUCAGAGCGAAGUAAGCAAAGAGCUUCUCACAGAAUGUACCAAGGUCGCAGGUGGUCGGAUGGACAUAAAUUCAAAGCUGCCUGAUGAUGCAAGCAGGCGUAAGAGAAAAUUAAAUGUAGAAUCAGUUGGUGCGGAAGAUAGAUGUAGCCAAAAGAUAGGAAUGAGUGAGUAUUCGAUACCUGGGCUCAAAGUGAACGAGCGAGCAAAGCGAUCCGCCGGUUCAAAACUCGUUGGGAGUCAUAGCGUGAAUGACAAAUACAAAGAGUUGGACAUCGCAAAUGAUGAAAGGGACAGACAAGACAACGAAGCAGCGGAGCUGGCAGAUUUCAAUCCUUACGAGAUGGAGGAAUUCGAAAAGGCUUAUUUUCCCGAAUAUGUCGAAUGCGAGUGCGACUACACUGAAGCAAGGAACUCUAUUUUAGGUUUGUGGAAGCGAAAUCCGUUUAAGUUUUUAACUUUAAAAAAAGUGUUUAAUAUGGUUCAGGCCAAGUUUCGCCAGGACAUCGAAAGAGUGUAUUGGUUUUUGACAGUUCGGGGACACAUCAACGUGGGCUUGUUUUCCAAUUCUGAGAUGAAGACAGCCAUGUUCAGACAUUUAGAUCAUAUGAAAAACAGUAAAAAAAUUCUGAUUCUCGGAGCUGGGGCGGCUGGUUUGGCGGCAGGGAAUCAGCUUCACCAGUUUGGCUAUCAGGUUCAAGUCUUAGAGGCGAGAAACAGAUUGGGUGGGAGAGUGCACACCAGCGAGUCAUUGGGUGGUAGCUUGAUAGAUUUUGGCGCGUCUAUCAUCACGGGCCUGGUUGGGAAUCCACUAGACGAAUUGUUUCGACAAUUGUCGUUGGUAGCGUACCCAAUCGGAGAGAACGGCGUAUUAUAUAAUCGCCAGUCGGGCGAGGUAGUGAGCACACGCCUGGAUUCCCAAGUUAGUGAAAUGUUUGAUCAGAUGCUGGAGGCGGCUGUCAAGCAGAGGUCAGAUAGUCUGGAGACCGAUCGUUCGUUGGGUCUAGUGUUGGACGAAUUGACGGGUGAUUUGAGCCAGGAGAAGGGAUACGUACUGGAUUGGUUUUACGCUAAUUUAGAGUACGCAUGUGCAACGGACUUGUCAGCUCUCUCGAACAAUUGUUGGGAUCAAGAUGAUGUGCACGAAUUUGCAGGUAAUCACUUGAUGCUCGUUAAUGGAUAUUCGGCGAUGAUAGAGCCGCUAGCGCGUGACUUGGAUGUGGCCCUUAACGUUGAAGUCAAAGAGGUCAGAUAUUCCGAAUUUGGUAAAAAGGUCGUGAUGAUGGAUCAGUACGGCCGAGAAUACGAGGGGGAUGCGGCCUUGGUGACGCUACCGCUCGGCGUGCUGAAAGGUGGCGAAUGUCGGUUCAAGCCCGAGCUACCGGUCGAGAAGCAGAUGGCGAUACAAAAGUUGGGGUUUGGCUUGUUGAACAAAAUUAUCAUUCGGUUUGAAAAGGUGUUUUGGGACAAAGACGUGGACUGGUUCGGCACAGUGAAUCAGUCAAGUGGUAGAAAGGAGAGGGGGCAUAUCUAUCUAUUUUGGAACAUGCAAAAAUUUAGCCAGACGCCUAUUCUGGUGGCGCUGUGCGCGGGAGAGGCGGCGCAUCGGAUAGAAGAGCGGUCCGAUUGCGAACUGAUUCAGGAAGUGAUACGUGUUUUGAAAAAAAUCUAUAAGUUAAAGAGAAAGCCCGUUGCGGUUUCAAGCGCUGUAACAAGGUGGAAGAGUGAUCAGUACUCGAGGGGGUCUUACUCCUACCUCGCAGUUGGCUCAACGGCGCAGGACUACGUUGCGCUGUCGAUGCCCAUAAACGACCAUUUAUUUUUUGCCGGGGAGGCAACGAAUCCGUACCAUCCGGCGACCGUUGCGGGAGCUUAUCAGAGCGGACUCCGAGAAGCCAGAAGAAUUCACCAAACCUUUUGUCCGAAAGAACAGAAUGCAAAUUGCGGCGUGACAUUCAGGAAGGAUAGCCAGAGACUUGCGCCCAAGCCUCGCAUCAGCAAGAAACGCAGCAAGCGAGUUCCCCAGCCCAAUUCUUAAAUUUUGAAGGCAACCGCGGUGUCCAAGGCAAAAUUCACCUCGAACGUAAGAGGACUGACACGUGUAAACAAGUGCGCUCGGGAUCAUGGAGGCCUACGUACACACCUACCCGUCCGUCAUUGGCGCAGUAUCCCGCAAUUUCCAUAACAUUAAAGAUAGCACAAAAAUUAGGAGAGACACUGUUUCAGGAAUUUGUGACAGGGGCGAGCAGCGCUUUAUGGACUAACUCCCUGGCGGAACAUGCACUCAGCGCUCAGCCCUCAGACUAGUUUUGCGUCCACCUUCGGAAAUGGUUGCAAUAACCUAAAGGAUGCGUGGGUCGAGUAAGUAACACUGUGGGGACCAAUCAGAGGCCUCGUCAAAAAAAAACCGCUGAUUUUUUUCUGAAUUCUCGAGAUGUGUUUACGUGC